AUGAUGUUUAUUCGUCGUUAUUCGGGUUUGUUCGACUCGCAGUAUUCCCGGAUAGAUUUGCCACGAUCAUCAGCCGCAAUGCGAUUGGCCGAAGAGCAUGUCGAUCAAAUAUCACUUUUCAAUUCACGAACUCCAUCGCCGACUUGUGAAAAUCUCGCUAAUCAAUUUGACCAGAUUUGCCUAACACAACGAGCUGUGCCGUGUUUUCGACCGUUAUAUUUAACUGUACUCUUAACGUUCUUUUGGCUCUUCGCUUCGAUCACUUUGUUGGCAGCGGAGUUUUUCGUGCAGAAUGAGCAUAAUCUAGGGAGCUCGAACGCUUCUGAUGAAAGACGUCUGAAAUUCUUAAUCCGAUUCGCACGAUUCCAUUAUCACAUUCCAGUCUCAAGCAAAGAAUGGGAUGAAUCUGCAAACUAUCUCAUUGAACGAUAUGAAGAUGAAGUGUUCUCUUCAUCCACUCGUGUAUGGAAACUUUCGAAUUCAUUUCUCUUCAUUGUUUCACUUUUUACAACUGUUGGGAAUAUACCAGUGCAUGAAAAAGUUGACUACUGCAACCUGAAGAAAAUUUUGCUUUUCGAUCCAAUACAAUCUGAAAAAAAGAAGAAUCCAAAGGAAUUGCUGGUCAGAGGCAGAGGUGGGGCGGGCAUUGCUUGCCUCGAAAAGCGUUUCUUGUAG